CGCCUCGCCUCGCCAUGGUGGAGCAGGGAGACGCGGCGCCGCUGCUGCGCUGGGCCGAGGGCCCCGCGGUCUCUGUGCCGCAGGACCCCGCGCUGCAGGCUGGAGGAUGGGUCCGGGGCGGCAGUGGAGGCGGCCGAGCGGCCGCGGAGGCGGCUCGAAGGCGGGAACCCGACGAGCCAGCUCCCCCCGAAGUGCUGCUGCAGCCGGGGCGCCUGGAGCUAGGCGACGUAGAGGAGGACCAGGUGGUGGCCGUGUUCGUGGUCACCUUCGAUCCUCGCUCCGGAAACAUGGUAGAAUGGUGCUUACCUCAAGAUAUUGACCUUGAAGGUGUUGAGUUCAAGUCUAUGGCCAGCGGGUCCCAUAAAGUUCAGUCUGAUUUCAUCUAUUUUCGGAAGGGCCCCUUCUUUGGCCUGGCCUGCUUUGCCAACAUGCCUGUGGAGAGCGAGCUGGAGCGCGGCGCUCGGAUGAAGUCUGUGGGUAUCCUCUCUCCGUCCUACACCCUGCUCUACCGCUACAUGCACUUUUUGGAGAACCAGGUUCGACACCAGCUGGAAAUGCCGGGACAUUACUCUCAUCUGGCUGCAUUCUAUGAAGACAAGAAAGGGGUGCUCCAUGCUGGCCCUGGGAGGGGUGGCAGCUUGCCACCUGUCUACUGGUUGCCUUCCAUUCACCGCUACAUGUAUCCUGAGAUGAAGAUCACACACCCGGCUGGCUGCAUGUCUCAGUUUAUUAAGUUCUUUGGAGAACAGAUCCUCAUUCUUUGGAAGUUCGCCUUACUUCGAAAGCGCAUUCUGAUAUUUUCUCCCCCGCCUGUGGGUGUCGUGUGCUAUAGAGUGUACUGUUGCUGUUGUCUGGCCAAUGUGUCCCUGCCUGGCAUUGGGGGCACCAUCCCUGAGUCCAAGCCUUUCUUCUAUGUGAACGUGGCUGACAUUGAGAGCCUGGAAGUUGAGGUGUCCUAUGUAGCCUGCACCACAGAGAAGAUAUUUGAGGAAAAGCGUGAGCUGUACGAUGUCUACGUGGAUAACCAGAAUGUAAAGACACACCAUGACCACCUGCAACCCUUGCUGAAGAUCAACAGUGCAGACAAGGAGAAGUACCGGCGGCUCAAUGAGCAGAGGCAGAUGCUGCUGUACUCCCAGGAAGUUGAAGGAGACUACAACCCUUGUGAAGAGGACCUCUUUGUGCUGUUUUUCCUAGAGCAGAACAACCGGAUUUUUCAGACUCUGUUGGAGGUCUCAGCCAGCCAAGACAAAACUCUAACAGCGGAGCAUGCCCGAGGCAUGGGCCUGGAUCCCCAGGGAGACAGGAGCUUUCUCAUGGACCUGCUGGAGGCCUAUGGCAUCGAUGUCAUGCUGGUCAUUGACAACCCCUGUUGUCCUUAGGAAACAGGAUAGGGACUGGUGGUGAGACACUGCGGGGUGACAGGAGCCUGGAGUGCACCCCAGGCCCUCAGCAAGCUUCAGUUUUAAUUCAGUUGACGCAGAGGACUGUUCAUACUUUCCAACGUGUGAAAUUUCCGCCAUUUUCUUUCUGUGCCUCAGCCCUGGGGCUGGGGUGAGGCUGCUUGGGCUUGUAGCCUUUGGUUGGGCAUGGGAAUCUACUGUCUUCCACCGCUGCGUCUUUGGGGUUUAGUCUUAGGAGUUCUGUGAGUCAGAGUCAAACUCUGGGAUGAACUGUUCAGAAAACCUGUAAUGUCUUCGUCCUUUGUUGCAUAUGAGAAUAAGAUAACCAUGAGUCCCCGUGUGGCCUUAGAUGUUCGUCCGCCUAAAAACAAACUAAUCCAAUGACCUUUCAAGGUCACCAAGUUCAAGGAGUCAAGUUGGGAUCACCUAUUAUUCAUCGCAGGGCAAGUCUGCACCUUCUCCAUCUGAUGGAGUAGAGGGACCAUGAAGAAGGGAAAAAUAUGUUUCUGAUAGAACAACCGGGAAAGAAUCCUUGAAGUCCUUCCUAAAGUAAGCUGUGAGUUAUAGCAUACACCCUACUCACGGUGUGGCAGUCCUCUUGGUCAGUGCUGAAGGGUGGUACUGGCCCUGAGCUUAUAAGCAUUUCAUUUGACAUCAAAGUCUCUCUUAAAAGUGCUGAAUAUCUUCUUGAACUAACAGGUUCAAAUAGGUAAGGGAAGAAAACUCCAGUGUCUCUAAGAGCUCUGAGGAAGGAUGGUCCACAGUCCUACAGCAGAUACUUCUGAUGAAUUCUGAAAUACAGCCAGGGCCCAAGCUAGUUGGCUCACUCGGGUUGAGAUGUGAUGAUAACAGGUCUCUUUACCAAUGUGAAACUCCCACAGGCAUCUCUUAAGCAGAGAUAGCAUUCCUUAGGCUAAGCAGUUGAAUCCACGGACCUAACAGAUUUGACAGGGAAAAUAUAACAGUGCCUCUCCCAUCAAAGAGAAUAGCUGGAAAUCCCAGACUAACAGCUAGGCUUGCUUCCUUUGGUCUGUGGUGGGACUGCCGUCACUUUGUUCUUUGGGGCUAGGAUACUCUGGACUAUGUUGCACUAUGUUGUAACUAUGUUGAAGGGCAGUUGUUAACCAUAUUCAGAAAGCCAUGAGUAGCUAGCUAAUCAGCCCUCAAACAUCCAUGUCUUAGCUAAAGAGCAGCCAGGCUGAUGUCCACACCAGAGAGAACUUCAAAGGGAGGGGUCAUGCCUCUUAGCUCAGUUCGAGGGUCUUGAGGCUUAUUGCUUAGCUCGAAUAUUUUCACUGUAGCUCCUUGAUUAAAAAAAAAAAUCGAAGAGUGAAGAGGUUGGUGUGUGUGAAAAUGCCAACAGACACUGAUGAGUCAGGGUAACAUCUUUUCUGUAAAUAAUAUAAAUAAGUUUAGGCACUGACAUAAACUGUUCCAACUAAUUGAUUUUUCUCCUCUGCAGUGUGGGUUUAGCCAUCAUUCCAGUAACACAAUGUUUACAAAAAACACAGCUGUGCUCAGCGGCUGAAGUCUCUCCUGCUUUGCCCUUACCUUGUCCUCUUGCCCCAGGGCUGAGCAGGGACCACCCGAUGAUGCUGAUGGAGCAACACUUCCUUUGGUCUCUAAAGCUCAAAGUCAGGGGUAGAUAGCCAGAAAUAGGAGCUUCUGAGGGACUGGGAGACUCUCUUCAGAAUUCAGGUUCUUGCAGACUCCAUUUCUGAGAACCACCCUAGAGCCUCCUGUACGCCAGCACUGUUUCCUGUGCUGCUGAGGCAGCAAACUGAGAACUGCGGAUGUAAAGGUAGCAAGGGCAAGUAAGGCUGUCCUUUGUUAACUCGGGCCUUGUGGGUUCUUUUUAACUGAGCAGCUGUGUGAGGUCUUAGGCUCUUGGGCUUGCUAACCCCCAGAGCAAAACGUCUUGUUCAGCAUCUCCUUCAGUCCUUCCCUACCUUGCAAGCUUCCUCAUAGGGCCAGAAUAUGGCACAGGGAUGUGUGCGGCCGGCCAACAGUGUGUACGUCAGCACCCCGGUACCCUUUGCCCCCAUUUACCAGCUGCAGAGUACGUCUUGAGAAGUGAGCCCAGUCCAUAUCACUAUGAAGUCAUACCAGACUGCUCCCCCAGUGGCAGUGAGCAGAUGCAAGACUGCAUAACAUGCUGUGGUAGUUUCCUAAAAAGGGAAGCAGUCUGUGUACAACUAUAUAGGAAUCUCUCUACAGUGAUGGCAGAAGCUAGUAGUCACGGGGGAGCUUGCCCGUCACUCUUGAAAUACUUUCUGAAAAACCAUCUGGCUUUAUUUGGAAGAAGUUAGUUCACAUCAUUCAUAGCUUUCUGACCAUUAGCAGAGACAGGUUUUGUUUUUUUUUUUUUCUUACCAUUGGCCUCUAGGAAGAGGGCUAAAAAUCUCAGAUGUGGGUCCUGCCAUUCUGCUGGUAUCUUUCAUCAGACCCCUUGCCUGAGCUGGCAGAGCCCUUCUGUGGAGCACUAAUCCCCAUCUGUACCAUGCCGGGAACCAUGUGUAAACCUGGAAGCACAUAAUGGACUUGCAUUGCUGGCUAGUCGGUCAUUUUUAAGGUAGAAGAAAUUUCCAAUGGUAACUGUCUUCAGGGGCCUGACAUUGGGGCUUUGGUCUUAUGGACACUCAUGUUAAGUACACCAUGAGCCCCUUAAAGUGGACGUUUUCAGUUUUGUCAACAGAUGGUAAUACUCAGCGAGUUGUUGCCUGGCUCAGGACUCUUUCCUCAGAAGCAGUAAAAAUAGCAGAGCUUAUCUCCUACCAGUCUAUAAAGGAAGGCGAAGUCAUUGCCUGGUAUUAGUGUUGGCUUUAAACAUGAAGCUUUCCCUAUGCUGGGCAUGGAUCCAGGCCAAUGUCGGUGUCCUACCUGGGGCCCAUAUGGUUCAGUCAGUUAGGAGUACAAUGUGACAGGAGGCAUUUGUCUCCCACACCUCCACCCACUCUGGCUUCCAGAGAGGAGCUGGUUUCAUUGCUGGGCUAGAAGUUAGGAUAGGAACUUGAAACUGACUUACCUUUCUGGAAACCACAGAAAGGUGAGAGCGAUGCUCAGAUACAGUAGUGCCAGAUGCUUCAUGGGAAGGUUCGUUUACACAGUUACCCAGUAUAUUUUAGCUAGAUGAUGAAGGUAAAUUAAACUGCAGCUAAUUGCUGUCUUCAUUCUGACGGCAAGGGGGACAAACUUCCUGUCUUGAGGCACUGAGAGCCUAUUGAUGUAGGAAAGGUAAGAUGGACCCAUUAUCCUCCCACUGAAACUUUUGGGCGACUUCUCUAAGGGUGGUUGUGAAUUAGCUGGUGGCAAAAGCCAGCCUCCUAGAGAUGCAGGGACUUGGGAACUGUCUUUUCCCUUAAACUGCACGCCAGAAAGCAGGUUGAGAUGCUUUCUCCAAGUCCGGUGUGACAGUCCUUGCAGAGGUAAAGAAGGGCUAUAGGGUAUAGGUGAACAGAACUGUAAGAUAAUGCUGGGUCUCACAGUGAACAUGCUGCCUUAUGAGAAGAGUUUGAAAACUGACAAGAGCAUCCAUAGGAUGUCUUCCCCUUAGGUUUCCAGGCUAAUAGGCUACGAUUCUGAGAGCUAUCCAGCAUCCCAUCUCUCCAUCUCUCCCAUGGUGAGGCUCCUGAAGACCCAUAGCUUACCUCAGCAGGCCCAGUUUCAUCCCUUCUCAUUUCAUGAAAACCCUUUUCAGUCAGAUAUGUGAAGGGGAGGAAUUAAGGGCUCCUUUUUUACCCAAGUUAUGGGCUUUGACUUUAUAGCUAAUAUACCUCUGUUCCCAGGAGCUACUGAAGUACCCAGUGUUGUGGGGAAAAGAUGGUCAAUUAAGGUAAUGCUUUUCCUAUAAGAAAUGGAAGUUUAUUUUUAUACCAGUGGCACUGAAUGGUGAAUUAAGUACUGAAGCAUUGCAAUGGAAAGAAAUUGCAAAGUUAUCACCUAAAAAGCCAUGGGCAGCUUUGUAGUUUAAUAGCAGCAGAAGCCCUUACACGUGUCGCUGUCUACGACAGUGUUUUGAAGCAUAAGCACACACUCUGCUGGAUUAUUUCAGCAGCAUUACAGGAGAUAAAGUCAACUGGCCUGGCAAGAUGAGAGGGACAGUGACCUUGGGCGAAGCUGUAGAACAGAAGAGCGCAUAGCCUUUCAAUGGCUAUUCCUUCUUGGGCAAGGGGAGAAAGGGGAGUGGGUGGUAGUCUGCUGUCUGGCACUUUAAUUCAUUUUAGUGGCUGCAAGUUGGGUGAUACUGUAAAUUUAGAAAAGGAAUAGGACUUUUCUGGUGCUAUAUAGAGAAGUGAAAAUGGGAUAAAUAAAACUCCCUUUAGAGCUUGUUCUAGAACGUCAGCAUGGCGCUGGCUCUCAGAAGCAUGUUGACUUAAACUCUGACAGGUUUACAGUAAAGGAUUUGUUUGCAUUUGCAGCAGGUGCCUGUUUCGUCUGCUGAGUUUACUUUGCUUCCUAAUGAUACUGGGCUCACUGGGACAGGGCAGGGCAGGGUUUUAUAAACUGUGCAUAGAUGGACCUGCAAAGUGAACAGCUCACACAGAGCAAAUAGAUGUCAUUGACAUUGUAUCUGGGUAAAUUAAGCAAGCAUAUAUGUAUAAAAGUCAGGCAAACCCAAAGUUCAUUUUCCUUGCCCAUCAGAAAUGCCUCCAGCUAUGAGAAAUGGGGGGAUUCUGUCCUCCUGAACUGCCCGCAGAAGUGGCUACCAGGCUCUGGGACAGAGGUAAACAAAACCAAGUUCCUUUAUUUGCCUAAAACUUGGAUACAUUUUUGUAUAAGUCUGGAAUAUAAUCCUUCCUGAAAAAGAAAUCAUAACCAAGGAAAUACGUUUUCCUAGUUUUCUUUUCUUCUUCUUUUUUUUUUUUAACAUAGUGUCCCUGUUGCCUUAAAUGUAAAAACCUAUUUUGAGUAAUAACCCCAGUCUAAAAAGUUAUAGCAAUAAAAGAACCCAAAUCUAUUUUUGUUUCAAGUCUUUACCUCAUAAGACAAAGUCAGAAGGAUAAUUGGUAAGUUUUGCUCUGGGUACUACUGCAAACCGAUGUCUCCUUUCUCUGUGUCUUCAAUGGAGUAUUUCUCACAGAUCUGAAGGAGGCUGAGCUUCACCUCAAGGCUAAGUGUAAAUGUUUCUUGAGCUGAUAAUUUCUGUGGUACAAGUUAACACCUGUGUAUAUUAUAUCUGUAUAUACCGGAACCGAGUUAUGUGCAGAGGUUGAUAAUAACUAUAUUUACAAAAAAAAACCUUUUUACAAUUAAAGUUCACAUUUUAACAUGA